CGUCGACACUACGAAAAAAGUUUGAAACUUAAAGUUAGUUUAUAAAGUUAGUUCUGUGUUAUGAAACUCGUUUAAUGGGUGUUUGUUUAAUAAAUAACGUGAGGUGAACGUGUUUAUGACUUGAAAAUGAAGUGUAAUUUUGUUUUUAGUGUGUCUGUUUAUAGUUUUGUGUAGGUGGCCACCUAUGUAUAGUGGUUUGACCGAUGUGAAAGUGUUUUCGCAUAAAAUUCAGACCCCAUUGUUCUUUCCUGGUAAAUGUUGGGAAAAACACGUAUGCUGCUUGCGUAAGCCGAAGUUUAUUACAGAAAUGUGUAACGAAUAAUACAAGUUUUCAUCUGAAUUUGGCUAAGAAAUUAAUGAAAAUGAAUGUGCCAUCACAAGAAAAUGCUGGUUUAUUAUCCUCAGACGAGGUGGGUGGCAGUUCGGACACUCGUUCCGACAGCAGCGAAGACGAGGUCACCGAGCACGUGACGAGAUCCACACCACCGCCGAACAUGGCUGCCGCCAGAGCACAGGUGCCAACCAUAAGCGUGACCCCGCACAGCCCGGGAGUACUGGAAGACAGCUUACAACAGCUAAGACGCCUCCAUGCUGCCGUGCAACGGAUGCGAGCUGCUCCACUGCCUUUAUUGGCAACCGGCACGAGUAGACUAAGCACAUCAUGCCCCUCGCUCUGCAAGGACGGGGUUAUCGAACCGGAAUGCUCGUCGCCGACGAAUCUGGAAUUCUACUCGCAGAGCCGUAAGGGCAGCGGUGAAUCGCGUCAGUGGGGUCUGUGGGAGAGGCGCGAUGAGGGACGCCGCAGCUCGUGGGCCGCGCUUGAGCCGGGCGCACGACACGACACGCGACACGACGCACGACACGACGCGCACAGACAACGCAGUAACCUGAACGGGCACAGCGCGUCCCUGUCUUCGAUGGAGUCCGAGGGCGAGGUGCCGCGGCCGGUCCGACACUCCACCCACUCGCUGAACGACAAUGACCUUGCGAAGGACUUCGAGAAGGUGACGGCCGCGUUGCGAGCGGGGGCGGGGGCGGGCGCGGGCGCGGGAGCGGAUCCGAGUAGGCUGGUCGCUAGGUUACCGCUGCAGAAGUCCGUCUCGACCCCCAGCAUCGUGGCCGCCGUGCAGCCGCCGCAACCCACACCCCCCCUCAACAUCUUGUCUGGCGCCGGUGAGAGCGAGACGGAAAGCGACGAAGACGCUUCCGCCGCGACUGUCGGGGCCACGGCACAACUGCCCGGCCGCAGGAACAAUACGCAUCAGGAACAUUUGGGAUUACAUCGACUGGCUUUCUUGGAACAAGCUGCUUUUGACCAUCACGCUGAGAAAAGGCGAAAACGUGGAAGCUUGUUCUUCAGGAAGAAGAAGGACAAGUCCCGGAAGGCGGCGCACGCGUGGCAGGCGGGUGGCGGCGCGCACUGCGACUGGUGCUCGCGACCCCUCAACGACACGCCCGCCCUCUACUGCGACAAUUGUGGAACAACUGUACAUCAAAAUAUUUGCAAAGAUUACAUCGUCGAUUGCAAUAAGCCUAAGUCGUCUAAGACAUCUGUUGGUAAAUCACUGAGUGCAGCCAGCGGGAAAAGCAGCAAACGGAGCUCCGUAUCCGGACAGUCGCAGACUAAUAGCACCAGUCAUAUUUAUAACGACGACAAGGAUUCAGAUCAUAAACACGACCAGAGCAACGCUUCGGAUGACGCGUGCGCCGCGGAGUGGCCCGAGGUGUAUCUGGGCCCCGAGCAGCUGGGCGACGAGGCGCUGGUGCUGGGGCUGGGUGCCAGCGAGCCCGACACCUGGGCGGCCGGCGCUCCCAAGGGACUCGCCAAGUCGCUCGGCGAAAGAGAGACGAAGCGACAAGAACACAUUUACGAGCUGAUACUCACGGAGAAGCACCACUGUCUCACCAUACGACUUAUGCAAAAGAUGUUCGCUGACGGCAUGGUGCGGUUCGGCAGCGUGAGCUCUGCGCAGGUGGCGCGCAUGUUCCCGCGCGUGGACGAGCUGUGGGCGCUGCACGCGGCGCUGCUGGCCCGCCUGCGCGCCCGCCAGCGCGCCGCGCCCGCCGUGCCCUCCAUCGCCGACAUCCUGGCCGACGCCUUCGCGCCGCACUCCCGCCCGCGCCUCAAGUCCGCCUACGGCGAGUUUUGCUCCCGUCACCGCGACGCCGUGGAGGUGUUCAAGGAGUGCUGCGCGAGAGACGCCCGCCUGUCCCGGUUCAUCAGGAAGUGCCAACAGAACCCUUUGCUCAGGAAGAAGGGUGUUCCCGAGUGCGUGCUGUUCGUAGCGCAGCGACUCACCAAGUACCCGCUGCUGCUGGAGCCUCUACUCAAGACGGCCGGCGAUGACGUCAACGAGCGCGAGCUGCUGCAGAAGGCGCUCUGCGGAGUCAAGGAGAUCCUAGUGGAUGUAGACAACCAGGUGGCGGCGAAGGAGCGCGAGGACCGCAAGCUCGAGAUCUACCACCGCAUCGACGCCAAGUCCUUCGCUCACUUCCGCGGCAGGAAGUUCAAGAAGAGCGACAUCCUGCAGGGCACCAGGAGCUUGAAGUUCGAAGGUGUGGCCACACUGAUGCAAGGCCGCAGCAAGAUGCAAACCCUACUGGUGAUCGUGCUCUCCGACGUGCUGUUCUUCCUGCACGACAACAACAAUAAAUACACGUUCUUCACGCCCGACAAUAAAACCGGAGUCGUGUCUCUCGUGAAGCUACUGGUCCGCGAGAAGGCGGGCGCUGAAGGCAGGGGCUUGUAUCUGAUCUGCAGCGGCCCCAACGAACCAGAAAUGUUCGAGCUGCGAGUUCACAGGCCUAAGGAUAUACAGACUUGGAUACAGGCCAUAAGAGCCGCAGUCCAGAACUGCCCUGAGGAGGUGGAAGAGACCGAGGCAGGGUUGUUGGCCACCUCCGCGGAGGAGAGACAACGCCAGCUGGAAGCCAGACACGAGAAUAUAAGACUGAUCACAGAAGCGUUAAGAACAAAAGACAAGGAGCUAGCGACACUCCUAGAAGAAAAAUUGGCGCUGCACAUGAAGAUGGUGGGCCACACCGGAACCUCCACGCUAGACGUGCCUCACACCGGACUAAACACGUCAUCGCCCGGGGGCUUGGUGUUUCCAGACUACGUGAGGCUGGUGGCGCCAUCUAUAGAUUCGCACACAAUAUGGCAGGAAGUUUGUCGCGUUGUCAAGGAGGCGCUGGAGAGCGCGGGGUGCGCGUGGGGCGGCGCCCUGGGCCGCAGCACCAGCUCGGCGGGCGAGCGGCACUCCGCCGCCUACACCAGCCCCGCGCUGCCGCGCCGCGCCGACACCUUCGCGGGGUUCGACGCCACCAAGCACAGGGGCGUAUCCCUGCGCAUGUCGACGGACACGCCCACGGAGGGGGGCGAGGGGGGCGGCGAGGCGGCGCAGGUCACUGACCCCGACGCCGUGCUGCGCCUGCACCACGCCAUCUACACGCUCACCUGCAUCGUGUGGCACCACCUCACCACCAUACACAGUUUGGAGGCGCAAGUGGCGGCGUGGCGCACGUCCGCGUGGGGCGGCGCCGGCGCGCGGCACGACGCGCAGCUGGAGGAGCUCCGCCACGCGCAGGCGCGCCUCACCGCCGACCGCGCCGCCUGGGAGGCCACGCGCGCCGCCGACCACGCCGCCAUCGCGCUCGAGAGACAACAACUGCAAGCGGCCAGACAAGAGCUGGCGGAACAACAGAAGGACGUCGAGCAACAGCGGGAGCGGCUGUACCGGCGUCUGGAGAGGCUGCAGCAGCACGGUGGAUCUCAAGAAGAGAUAGCCAGUGUGGGCACUCUGUCGCCAGACUCUAGCGUCAGCGACACCACCAGGAGGAAAGAACCUAAGUGGAGAAACAGCCGCGGCUCUACCGGCGCGGAGCCCCCGGCGCCCGCGCUGCCGCCCCCGCUGCUGCUGUCGGCGCAGAACGAGACCCGCGCCACGGUGCACGCCUCCGCCAUCUCCCAAAUGGUAAAACAACAGUUACCAUUGAAACUGGCCAACGAGAAAAGCAAACAGCCGCCUCCGGGAUACCACAGACUCCACGAGUCCCCCAGUGACCAUCUACAACAGCAAGGCCUAGUGAUACAUCACACCCGGGCGGGUAGCUCCCCCGCCCCGCUGCCCUCCCAGCAGCAGACCAAUAACAGAGCCACAAGGACUAACACAUAUCCGAAGCUUCCGGACAAAUUCCGCGUCCGUUCGCCGGAGCCGACGUCCGGUAACACCGCGCCCCCCGCAGAGGAAGAGGUCAUCUUCUUCUGACCCCCGCCCCCCCCGCCGCCGGCGCCGCACUCGCGCUCCUGAGACUGUCGACUCUCAUAGACCCUCCGCCUCCUGCGCUCCUGGUACGGAAACGUCCACCAUCUGUUUACGGCCUGCAUUCGUUCAAUAUAUCGACGCUAAUAUCGAUCGAUAAAAAUCGAUAAUAUCGAUCGAUCGAUCGAUUUUGGUAGGCAGCGGCUCGGCCCCUGGCAUUGCUGAAGUCCAUGGGCGACGAUAACCACUCGCCGUGGGCCGUACGCUCGUCUGCCUACAAGGUCAAUAAAUUUUUUUAAGAAAAAACGUUCGUUUGCGCUAUUUGAAACAGACUCAAUAAUCGAUUUUUAUGUUGCCAAUCGAAUGAUUCGCGAAUCGUCAAUGCCGUCAGUAGAACAUUCGAAUGAUUACGUCACACUUAAAUUUCAAUGUUUGUUUGUUUAUUUGUACUUUAUACAUCGAGUACAUAAUCAAUAUUCUAGGUAAUAUAUUAUAAUCAAGUCUAGACUGAUCUAUAAUCAAUUCAGUUGGUUUUUUGCUUGUAUUAAGAAACGCUUACAAUAUCUGGAUUAAUGAUUAAAUAAUCAUGCAAUCGUACAAAUUAAAAACAGAUCAAGUGUUAAAUAUUAAAAUCACCAGUCGGACUUACUAUAAGUUUUUUUUUUAAUUAUCUUAAUUAUUCCUAAAAUACGUUAACAAUACGUUUUGAUAAAGUAUUUCCAUUGCAAUUUCAUGCAGUGCCCUUUUGAAACCUCUGAAAAACAUUAGCGUUCUCACCCUUUCAGGAUCGAUUUAUAUUACUAGCCUGUUGGUCUGUGUGUUUGAUAUAAUUAAAAUACAAAUAAACAUAUUAUUAUCAUAAGCAGUAUAUCUAGUAUUGUGACUGCGUACAUGAGAAACAUUCCUCCAUACAUAAUGAAGAUUCACAUCGAGGGAUGAAAGACUAUUUGUUUUAAGCGACAUAUCACUUAAUACGCGACAUUUAUUUUUGUAUUUAAAGUUGGGUAUUAUUUUAUAUUAGCAACAACAGUUCGAAGUUUUAAAUUAUGAUAUCAUAGUAAAUAA